GUAAAUUAAUCAAUUUUGUAGGGUUUGGGUGGUGGAAAUCCAAAUGUCGAGAGUUCCUAUAAACCACAGGAUUUUGACCUGCGACGGCCGGGAAUCUGAUUUGUCCGGCGAAACCACCGUUAAUUUAUCCGACGACACCGUUUUCCAGUUCCUGAGUGAGGAAUGCGAGGGGCUGAGUAACAUUUUUGACGAUUAUGCAGACGACGAUGAGAAAGAGAACGAAAACGAAAACGAAAAUCCAGAGGCGGAAGACGACAAUUUUUGGGAAACUCAACAUCAAUUAUUGCAAUCUACUAUAUGCAGAACGAGCUCUUUGGAAUCAAAAAUCCGAAACAUCACGAAAGAAGCAGUGAGAGAAGCUUGCGGCGUUUGCGUAUGCGGCAGAGCUGCCGACGGUUGCCGGAAAUGUCUAAUGGCGGAGAUGUGCCGCCGCCUCCAGAAUUCGGGGUACAACAGUGCAAUUUGCAAAUCUAAAUGGAAGAGCUCACCCGAUAUUCCUUCAGGGGAGCACACGUUUUUGGAUGUGAUAGAGGGGUCGAAUUCGAAGAGAGAAGCGAGGGUGAUAAUCGAGUUGAAUUUCAGAGGGCAAUUCGAGAUGGCGCGAGCAAACGAGGAGUACAAUAAGAUGGUGAAGAAGCUGCCGGAGAUAUUCGUGGGGAAGAUGGAGAGGCUGAUGGCGGUGCUGAAGAUCGUGUGCGGGGCAGCGAAGAGGUGCAUGAAGGAGAAGAAGAUGCACUUGGCUCCGUGGAGAAAGCAUCGGUAUAUGCAAGCUAAGUGGCUCAGGACUUGCGAGUGCUUGGCGCCGUCUUCGCAAACUUUCUCCUCGAGCUACUCCGGGCGUCCGGCCCGGCCCGGGAGGUCGUUGCUGACCGUUGACUUGAUGAUGGAGAAUCUGCAGAGACCGGUUGUUGCAGUCGUAUGAAAUUCCCAGUGUUUUUUUUACUCUUUUUUUGUUUAUUUUUUUUUUCUUUUUGACUGUGGCUAUCCCUUUUUCUGGAUAUAUAUAAAUGAAUAGUUGAGUGAGGAUCACAAAGGUCCUGCUGUA